CAAUGGCGUAAACUUAGCAAUACAGCUCUUACUAGGACUUUACAUGCGCCUCUUGAUAGCCUGAACACCUUUACCCUUCGUCGACAUUGCUAUAAUUUUAUUGCAAGGAAUUUCCAACUUACUCUCCGGCAAAGGCACAGCAAAUUAUUGACUGUCUGUCGUCCUUCUUUGUCCUUGGAUCUCAUCCUGUGGUUACCUAUGCUCCCAAUCGAACAUAGUCGACUCAUUAGAUGGUGGCUGGGCUGGCUGCCUGGUGGUACUUCUAAAUCUUGUCAAUGCGGAUCACACAAUCUAACAAAGAAACACAGCAUCCAUUGCCUACGCAUCCAUUCUCAAUUAUAUAUAUCGCAAGACAUGGAUGACACCAUCUCGUGUCUUCUCAAUCGGUUUCCCUCUAGACUGCCCAAGCCACUUCAUACACAGGCCUACUGGCAAAUACAUUGGAUUGUCAUCCAAAGAUUCCUCUUAGCUUCUUGUGUAUACAUUCACCCAAAAAACUAA